AUGGACUUGUCUUUGUUUAAUUUUGUUCCCGUAACGGAUCGUGGAUUUUGUUGUCUGGAUUUGCGAAGAUCCUGCUUUGUAAUUGCUGUUAUUCAUGCGUUAUUCUUGGCAGACAGCUUUAUCGAAGAGAUUCAGAUUUUGGCGAUGUAUGAUGAUUUUGACGAUGGUGACCAACCAGUUUCGUUCUGGCACAAAGUUAUUGUAAUGGCAUUUUAUUUAGACUUUUUUAUGAAUGUUGUUCUCGUCGUUUCGCUUCUUUUUCUUGUUCUGGGCGCUUUUUACAGGAAUGCCACUGAUAUUGCUAUCUACUUUUGCACAUUGUUGUUUGUGAAUGUCAUCUAUGGAGUAAUGGCUAUUUUGUUCACUAUUUAUCACCAGACAAGUGGUCUUGUGUUUUUGUUGUUUUUUGUGGUAUGUUGCUAUUUCCUCUGGAUCGCAUUAUCCAUGCAUCGAAAACUCAUCGAGGAACCGUCAACUGUAAAGGAAUUACAACCUCAACAAUUGAUUCCUCCCAACGUAGUUACUGCUCCAGUUGCUCCUCGUCCACUUACGAGUAUCUACGAAGAAACUGUCGUCCAGAAAAAUGCCAAUAUGAAACAUGACGAAAUUGAAAAUCCAACUCUAGUGUUAAUUAACGAUUGAUCACAAAAAAAUACACAAUUUUAUUUACACCAAACUUUCAUAU